AUGAAUACGGAAGAAAUCAACGACUUUGACUCCAUGCAACAAAUGGGGAAUGCCAGCCUCUCCACGAUUGGGAGUUUUGAAGAGAGUCUUCACGAUGAUAAUAAUUUCCACAAUUCUUGCUCCGUCGACUCCCUCGAUGUCCUGCAGCCUUCCACCAUCGAUACCAUUGCCACCAAUGACAAUGAUUCGAUUGGUUUUGAACAAAACAAGACAGUUCGUUGGGCUCCCUCCAUGACCAGUGAACGACCCUACAUAUCACGGUACGACAUGUCCUUUGAAGAGGCACAACGAACCUGGAUAUUAGCAGAUGAAAAGACCAAGUUGAUGGAAUCGCAUGUGGCCGAUGUCAAACGCGAAAAGGAAGGUCUGCCGGAAGAAGAAACUUGCGCCUUUCGAGGUUUGGAUGGUCUGCAUAACGAGCGAGCAGCCGAGACACGAAACAAUAUCAUAUCGUGCGUACAAGCGGUCUUGAACGAACAGAGCCAUUUGCGGGAGUCCAACCUUGUGGACCCAACCCAACUUGCCUUGGUAUCAGCGAGCUUUUCUGGUGGAAGCCGGCAAACUGCGCUGAAACGUGCGGAGGUGGAUUUGCAACAAGCCAAGGAAGUCUACAAUGAUCGGACUGAUACUAUUAUCAUUGGAGAAUCCAACUUUUGCUCGUCCCCAAAGAGUGUAACAUCACCGUCCUCCAAUUUUGGCAGACCAGCUAAUACCAAGCAUUAUACAAGCUCACAACAGACACGAGUGAUGUUGCGGGGUGGUCUAGUUUGA